CGUACAACGCUACACUUAGUUAGUUGAAGUGUGACAACCAAAGCGAGAAGACCCAAUACGUACGGUAUCACCUAACUCAAUAAUAAAAUUAGAACGUUGCCGGCACCUUUCACAUAUUCUCGCUACGUCGUCGCCUCGUCAUUCGUCUUCGAAGACGCUCCAAGUAAAAAUUGUUCAGUGCGGUUUUUACUUGUGAAGCAGCACGCAGUUUUUUGCUUUCUUCUGGUGUUCGGCUUCAAAAACUUGUUAAUUGAAUUACUACUCCGGUUGAUAAGCUGAAACUCCACAACAAUGCGGGAAAUUGUUCAUCUGCAGGCCGGCCAAUGCGGUAACCAAAUUGGGUCGAAAUUUUGGGAAAUCAUCUCAGACGAGCAUGGCAUCGAUCCCACUGGCCACUACCACGGGGACAACGAUCUGCAGCUGGAGCGUAUCGAUGUUUACUACACGGAGGUGAACGGAAGCAAGUAUGUUCCUCGUGCCGUUCUGGUGGAUCUGGAACCGGGAACGAUGGAUUCGGUGAGGCAGUCCCCUUAUGGGGCCCUUUUCCGGCCGGAUAAUUACGUUUACGGCCAAUCUGGUGCAGGAAACAACUGGGCCAAGGGCCAUUACACCGAGGGUGCGGAGCUGGUGGACAACGUGCUGGAAGUGAUUCGCAAGGAGUCGGAAGGAUGCGACUGCUUGCAGGGAUUCCAGCUGGCCCAUUCGCUUGGUGGUGGUACCGGAUCCGGUAUGGGUACUCUGUUGAUUUCGAAAAUCCGUGAAGAGUACCCAGACCGUAUUAUGACUACGUUCUCGGUAGUUCCCUCGCCAAAGGUCUCGGAUGCUGUGGUCGAACCUUACAAUGCCACGCUAUCGGUUCAUCAGCUGGUGGAGAACAGCGAUUGCACCAACUGUAUCGACAAUGAAGCGCUCUACGCGAUCUGCUACCAGACCCUGAAAAAGUUUAACCCUUCGUACGCCGACCUGAAUCACUUGAUCUCCGUGACGAUGUCAGGCGUAACGACUUGCCUUAGAUUCCCGGGUCAACUGAACGCAGAUUUGCGUAAACUGGCUGUGAAUAUGGUUCCCUUCCCGCGUCUGCAUUUCUUCAUGCCAGGAUUUGCCCCUCUCACUGCCAAGGGUUCCCAACAGUACCGAGCCCUGACGGUUCCGGAGCUGACGGCUCAAAUGUUCGAUGCCAAGAACAUGAUGACGGCCUGUGAUCCUCGCCACGGUCGCUAUCUUACCUGUGCUGCCAUCUUCAGAGGUGUGAUGUCGAUGAAGGAAGUUGACCAGCAAAUGUUGAACAUCCAGAGCAAAAACAGCAGCUACUUCGUUGAGUGGAUCCCGAACAACGUGAAGGUGGCCGUGUGCGAUAUUGCUCCGCGGGGUUUGAAGAUGUCGGCCACGUUCAUCGGAAAUACGACUGCCAUCCAGGAAAUAUUCAAGCGUAUUUCGGAACAGUUCACGGCCAUGUUCCGGCGUAAGGCGUUCUUGCAUUGGUACACGGGCGAGGGCAUGGACGAGAUGGAGUUCACCGAGGCCGAGUCAAACAUGAACGACCUGAUAUCGGAGUACCAGCAGUAUCAGGACGCGGCCGUCGAGGAGUACGAGGAAGACGGCGAUGUUAUUGAGGAGGAAGGCGAACAGAUUGCCGAUUAGCGGAAACCUAGUCAAAUAGUGAAGCGAAAAUGAUUGCCUAGAAUAGUGCCGUUGACUGUGUCAGUUCCAAAAGUCUGUUGUUUGAAGGUUGCAAUGACGCAAGUAAAAGUCGAGUGACCAUAACUACUGUUACCAAGUGUUCUAAAAUAUAUUUUCUGACCAAUAUAAGAAUUUAUGAACAGAGUGAAAA